CCUCGCGCUGGGGCGGGGUUGCGCGCGCAGGUGAGGGGGGCGGGGCCGGCGCUACCGGCGGGGCGGGGCGGACACGCCCACCGCGCACCUGCUUCUGCCUGACGUGUACCCGGAAGGUCGUCAGUCCGGGCUCCAAAUACGUAACAAAUAGGUGGAGAGGUAUGAAGAACGAGGAACACUGCCAGGGGAGUUUCUUGCUCUGCAAAAUAAGGGAGUGCGUACUGAAUUACCUUUUCCAGCUCCAACAUCCAGGAUUUCAGCACUACCUGCAGAGUAGUGGGAGGAGAGCUAGAGGAAGAAGUGAAGAUAAACCACUCGAAGAGGGUGUCUGCGCUUCCGUGGUGGCUGGGACAGCAGCAGUGGUGCUGUCCAUCUGCUCGGCCGGCCGAGGGGUGGCACAUCCUAGCCUCUAUCUUUUCCCCAGAGAAUAUCCCUCUCUGCGCUUCCCCCAUCUCAGCCUUUUAGUGUGUAAACAGUUCUAGUGUGACUCAUCGGUGCUUGUGUUAGCCCCUUUACCAGCAAGUACUUGUUAAACACUUAAAUCUUACAAAUGGAAAGAAAAUUCCAUGGUAAAUUUAAGUAUAAAAGUCAACCAAAAUUCUGAGUCUCGGACAAGACUGGUUAAAAAUCGUUCUACGAUGAAACUAAUAUAUUAAAUUCAAUCAUAGAAAACCUU